GAGCGUUUGCGGCUCCCCGGUGUGUGUGUGGGGGGGGGAUAUCCCCUGUCAGUCCCGUUUUUUCUCUUUUCCCCCUUAUUUUUGCCUUCUACCCCCCGGGGUGUUUCCCGCCGGCGGAAUAUGGGGGGGGGGGGGAGGGGGCGCGAGGCCCCGCUGCGCGCGCGCCACCUCCUCAGCGCGUCCCCCCCCCCAUCCCCGACUGGCCCCACCCCACGUGACCCCCGCCGUCCAAUGGGCGGGCGGGGCGGUGGGGAUCCGGCUGGAACCGGUUGGGCCGCGUCCGGCUCUAUAUAAAACUUUAUAAACACCCGAUUCGAAUGUAGUGGGGGGUCGGGCGGCCAGCACAGCGCAGCCGGCAGGGAGGGAGCCCGCCCCGCACCGAACCGCGCCGUACCGCCGCUCCCAGCCCUUCUUCUUCCCCCCCCCUUCCCCUUCCCCUUCUCCCCCCCCCUCCCCUCCCCUCAGCUUCUCGCCGCACCGAGGGCGUCCCUCACCCUCUCCACCCCCUCACGCCGACAGCGCUCCCUCUCUCUUUCCCCCCCCACCACCCCCCCACUCCCUUUUCCCUCACGCACAACGCGCCCGCGCGGAGCCAUGCCGAAGAGAAAGGCUGAAGGAGAUACCAAGGGCGAUAAGGCCAAAGUUAAGGAUGAGCCACAGCGGAGGUCGGCGAGGUUAUCCGCUAAGCCUGCUCCUCCGAAGCCAGAGCCUAAACCUAAAAAGGCAGCUCCAAAGAAGAGCGAGAAGUUGCCCAAGGGAAAGAAGGGGAAAGCUGAUGCUGGCAAGGAGGGAAACAACCCUGCAGAAAACGGAGAUGCCAAAACAGAUCAGGCACAGAAAGCCGAAGGUGCUGGUGAAGCCAAGUAAAAUGUGUGAAUUUUUGAUAACUGUGUACUUCUGGUGACUGUACAGUUUGAAAUACUAUUUUUUAUCAAGUUUUAUAACAAUGCAGAAUUUUGGUUUACUUUUUUUUAAGCUAUGUUGUUAGCACACAGACCGCUUCGAUGUUGUGUUUGGGGGGGGGGGCGGGGCGGGGCAGUGGGAACAAAUGUCACUUAGUCUAUUUCUCGGAACCUAAAUUUUAAUCAGAAAAGCUUUCCCUGUCCCCUGGGUUUUGGAAGCAGGGCUCUUCCUGAAUAGAGGAGGAAGGGAUUCCUCCGUGCUGCACGUCCGCUUAGUUCUGUGAAGUGCAUCCGAGUGAACAUCGGAGCUCCCAAGAUGCCUUUUGCCAACUUGAAAACCGCAGUUUGUAAUGUCCUCUGUAUUUCCUUUCGCAUCCUCGUUGUUUGCCUAGAGCCUAUCACUCCAAAAUACGGCAAAACCGGCAUUUUGGGACUUACUACUCCAAAUGCAUUGUCAGGUGACCCAGACUUCUGGUGUCUAAUGGGAUAAAACAGCUCUAAAAGGAGCUGUACUUCCUCUUUUAUAUUGUGGAUCUUCAGACUAAGAAAACCUUCAUUUUAAUUUUUUUUUUCCUCUAAAAGUCAGGGUAGGUUUGUGAAGAGUUGUUAAACAACAUGCUAAAUGUGAAAGUGUCCACCCUCACUCUAAACUUUUCCCUCUACAAGUAUGAAAUGACGAUUUCUUCGGUUUUAUAGCAACUUUUAUGUUUUGGUAGUCCAUAAAGGGAGGGGAGUUUGACGGUUGUUGUAAAAUGUUGCAGAUUGUAGCCCAUGUCCUGCCUAAAUUACCAUGAUUGUUUAUGAAAAGUACCUUUAAUAAAGCUGGAUACGGUUUGGCUUGGACUGUU